AUGAGUCCAAAGAAAUGGUUUAAGAGGAUUGUUAAAUUGAAGAAACGGAAGGAAGAUAAAUCGGAACAAGCUAAGGUGCAAUUCGCCCCUGAAAACUUAGAUGAGUCCUCCGAAGAAAAGCAAGACGAAACUCUUGAAGAGUCAAAUAGCAUUCCUAAUGAAAAUUUGGUGGUGCUAGAAAAGACAGUUCCCAGCAGGUUGAUGGAAGAUAUUGCUGCUACUCGGAUUCAAAAUGCAUUUCGUGCAUUUCUGGCAAGAAGAACAUUGCACCAGCUAAGAGAUACUGCACUAAAGUAUAUUGCACCAUCGAAGGUAGAAUUGAAACUUGAGGCUGCCAAAGAACAGGCAGUGACUGCACUAACCUAUAUACAUACUUGGAGCAGAAUACAGGAACAGAUUAAAGCUCGAAGACUCUAUAUGCUAACAGAAGCAAGGAUUAAACAAAAGAAAUUAGAAAACCAGCUAAAACUUGCAGCUAAGAUUCAUCAGCUUCAGGUGGGAUGGUGUGGAGGUUCUGACACAAUGGAAGAGAUACUUUUGAGGAUACAUCAGAGAGAAGAAGCAGCAGUCAAACGAGAGCGAGCUAUGGCAUAUGCCUUCUCUCAUCAGUGGAGGCCCAAUUGCAGGCAGUAUUUGGGCCAGGCUAUCUACAGCGUUGGCAAAGAAAGCUGGGGUUGGAGCUGGAAGGAGAGAUGGGUAGCAGCUCGUCCAUGGCAAAUCCGGGUUCGUUUUCCUGACCCCAUCACAACGAAAACCACUGACAGCAAAGUCCCAUUGUCUAAUUCUGAGUUGUCAAAUACAAAGGAAACUCCGAAAGGGAAAGAAAACAACAUUCCAGAUCUGUCUAACAACAAUCUAGCCAAAUAACCCACGCUGUCUCUUCUGUCAUCUCUGCUCAUUAAUCAAUUUCAUCACCUCCCAUUUCUAAACUACCCUUAUCACUGUAUUUUUUUCUUUUUUUCCUUCAUUUCACCCUUUUUCAUAUUACGUU